GAAUACGUGUGACAGUAGUGUGCAUGUAAACAACGGGCCAAAACCCCAGCAAAGCCAGCUUCUGUUACCGGAGAUUUUUAUUGCAAACACAAAACGGCCUCGAAAUGAUAAUGGACAACUCGAAAACUACCAGCAAAACGACCCUGCUGAAGCUGAUGCUGCUGCGCGCGUGGAAAGAGCGCUGGACCGACUGCCAGUGGGGCAUCAACGUGAAAACGAUUCUCACCCGUGGUGUUAGUGGCGAUGUGUACAAUUUGGCCGACGCCAUCAUACAGCAGGCGGUGGUUGGAUCGGGAGCGAACAUGCUAUUUCUCUCCUACCUGAAGCAUUCGCUGUGUGCGCACCUAAUUUCCCACGCUGCCGUGCUGAACCGCAUCGCCAAGUACGACCAGUUCGACAAGCACCAUUGUCUGAUCGCGCUGCUCGACUUCCUCAAGUCCAUCAUCGAUGGGGUGACGUGCCGGGGCAAGCAGGAGGAAGCGAUCCUUACGAAGGCGACCGUUUCGCUCGUCCACUGGCUGCUGCAGAUCUACGAGUGCGUGCUGCAGUCGUACGCCGAGGACAGCACGCUGCAGCCCGAGGAGGAGGAGGUCGUGCAGCGCGUUGCGGUCGUGCUGGAGCGCAUCGUGGAGAACCCGUUCCUGCUGGGCGUGCUGUCCAUCGGCAAGUGCGACGAUCCGGAGCUGUUCAUAGCGCUGCAGAAGCGCUUCAAUGGCAUCAGCAAUCUCACCCUCACGACCGGGUACGUGGCGAACGUGGGCGCUGGCAACGCGAACAGCCUCACCGUGACGGAUUGCAUGCGCAAGCUCGUGCUGCUCGAGGUGGACGCGCUGGAGAUGCGACCGUUCGACGGCGGUAAGGUGGAGCCGAUCACAUACAGCCUGCAGCCGCUGAUCGCGAUCGAGGUGCUGCUGAACCCGAUGUGCGACACGCACCAGUACGUCGCGCAGCUGAUCAACCUGAAGCGGCUGAAGGGCUUCACGUACGCCCGGCUGUACUGCGAGCUGAUGCGCGGCUGCCUGAUCGCGCUGAACAACGUCGAGGGCACGGCGAAGGAGUCGCUGCUGUGCGCGUUCGCCUUCAUCAAGGUGCCCCACAUACUGCACCAGCUGCACGCGAAAACGAACGGCGCCGAGCAGCAGGACGAGGCGACCGGCGCGACCUACAGCGUGGAGGUGCUGGAAGCGUUCGAGCUGCUGCUCCAGGACACGCCCGUGCUCGACUACAUGGACAUGAAGUGUGCCUGCAACGUGGUGGAGUGUCUGCUGAAGGAAAUGGUCAAGCUGCAGCUGCUGACCGACACGCACGUGAAGCAGCUGGUGGCGCUGCGCGAACCGGUCACGGCCGGGCUGCACAAGCUCGACGCGAACAGUGCGCCGCUCACGAUGAUGCUGAAGUUUGUGUUUCGCGUGGAGUCGCCGCUGGCGGGCAUCCUGAAGGCGCUCAGCACCGACUGCAGCAAGGUGCAGGACGCACUGCUCGCCAUGCUGUGCCAGGUGCUGACGGGCAACAGUCUCGAUCUGGUGCUGUCGGUCGCGUCCGUCGAGGGCAAGUUUAAGGCGUUCAUCUCGGGGCUGCUGAAGUGCAACGACUACGCGAAGCAGGCGACGACCGCGGAGAUUGGCAAGGCGCCGACGACGCGCAGCGCACUGUUCGACGUGUCGUUCAUGAUACUGGCCAGCAUCGCGCAAAGCUACGGGUCGGACGUCAUUCUGGCCGAGGGCGGCAACAGCUUCUUCGAGAAGUGGGUCCGCGAUUACAUGGUGGAGCGCAAGAAGACCAAAUCGCCCAUGACGAUGGUGAAGCAGGCCGACCCGAUGGUGCUGGAGGAGCUGAUCAUGGCGAUGAACAACAGCGAGGGCAUGUACGUCGGGCUGAAGGCGUCCAGUCUGCGCUGGGAGGACAUCUGCUACACGAUUCCGGCCCUCGUCCACCAGGUGCUGAUGGCGUGGGAAAGCGAAUCGAUCGCGCCGCUCGAGAUCAAGAAGAUGCUGGACGGGCUGAAGGCGUACUUCAGCACGUUCGCCGUCUGUGCUGCGUCGUGGCUGUGCGCGUACAUGCAGAUGGUGCGACAGGACGAGCAGCUGAAGCCGAUGAACAUGGUGCAGCAGCUGUGCAGUGCGCUGGCCGGGCCGCUGGCGGACGAGUGGCAGCAGCAGGACUACUGCAAGGAGCGGUUCGGGCUGAUGGGCCAGAUCGUGCGCCGCAUGCAGCAGGAGUUUCUCCGCACGCCGCAGGUCAACCCGAAGCUGCGGGCGCUCUUUCCCAGCCAGCAGCAGCAGCACGUCGUGUCGCAUCUGCCGCUGGAGGAGCAGUUCGAGGAGGCGUGGAAAGCGAUCGCCGAACGGGGCUGGCUGCCGAUCGAGACGACCUUCCUGCUCGACACGCUGCUCCAGUCCUGCGGGCCAGCCUGGCUGGUGGAGAAGCUGAUCGGCAAGCUGUUUGUGUGCAAGUACGUGCGCGACCUGAACAAAACGAUGGACAUUAUAUUCGCGAUCAUGCAUCUGGACAUUGAGCGGUGUACGAUCGCGCUGCUGUCGCAGCUCGUGCCGAUGAUGCUGCUCAGCAAAGCACAAACGCCGGAUAUUGUGGACCCUCAGUCACGCGUGCUGGCAAAGCUCUGCGUCUACUGCAUCAUCGUCACCAUGGAGACGUCCCUAACCCCGACGAAAAAGCGCACCCGCGGCCCGGCCAGCUCCGACCUGGAAGAUCUCGACGCAUUGUGCACCAGCGCCAAGCUGCGCAAGAUCGAGCUGGACGGUAUGGGAGUGGGCUGUACGGAAGCCGCCACCGGUGGCGCCAGCGGUACAGAGUUUUCGCUCGACAGUGCCCUCGAACCGACGGCCUCAGCCUGGACCACGGAGGCGGCAUCGAUCGCUACGCUGAAGGAACCGCUGCAAAGCUGCCUGCAGACGCUGUUUCGCACGUUCACGCAGCACAUCGCGACGGACGAGCUGUCGCCGAAGGUGUACUUUGUGUUCCAGUUCCUCUCGCUGCUGGUCGAGAGUGGUCGGGAACGGAUCAUGUGCGUGCUGAAGCUGCUGCCGAACGGGUUGGUGCAGAGUUUGCUGAAAAUCAACGCCACCGAUGAGAUGACGGUGGGACUCAUCCUGAGACUGUAUGACCUGAACACACCGAGCGGCCGCCAGUUUGCAAUGUCCGACAUUUGUCUGCUGCGCAACAUUCAGAUGCGAAAGGAAAGCAUUAAGUUGUAGAUCAUUACGGCGACUUACGUGAUUUGAGUUUAUUAGUUAAAAACAGAAAAAAGAUGAAACCCCACACUGAACAAUGUUUCAAAUAUAAACGAACCCUUUUGUGCACUACAAAGCUGUCUGGCUGUUGGUGUUGCUGCUGCUGCUGCCCUCGCUAAUGCUCGUGCUUAACACGCUUAUUCUCGGCCGCUCUUCCAUCGACCGCAUUUGAAUUUCCUCGUUCGCGGCGACCGUCUGCCGAUGGAGCCGCUUCCGGAACUGCCAGUAGCCAACGGCCACCGCACCACCAACGACGGCCACCGCCCCAACAACCAUCCCACUGAUCGAUGCCGCCGAAAGUGUGCCGUCGCCCGUGGCCGUCGGAUCCUCAUCCUCCCCUCCCGACGGUCCACCAUAGUCCCGGUUGUGCAACAAAACGCCAUAAAUGUGUUCGACCGGAUGACCCUCAAUCUUCCCGGCACAGAUCCACUGACCGAAAUCUUCCUCCCGCACCGCGGCAAUCACGAGCGAGCAGGACCCUUUGGCUAGAUUGUGGUUCGGGUUGGAGUAGAACCGGCCCAACACUGGCCGUUCGUUCGUCACGUUUUCAUUCAAGCUAAACGCUUCCCCGGCCGGCGUCACGAACCGACAGUACUGUAGCGGUGUACCACGGGGAAUCGAAUCACAGCCGAGCAGGGCGGGAAACCCGAGCACCGCCUCGACCCAAUCCCCCGCCGGCGAAAUGAUUUGGCUGGGCGAAAUGCGCACCUCAAAGCUGGCCGAUACUUCCAGCGCUGAAACGUGCCCAUUGCCGACGUAACAGUGCCACCGGCCUGCAUGCUCCCCAUCCACCAGUGUGGCGAACGUAAUGCCACACUCACCCAUCGACAGCGCGAUGCCACUGUACCAGUAGGGAGCACCGUCACCGUGCGUGAGACUCUCCGAGAGCGAGUAGAACUGGCCUUGCGGUCCCCGGAACCAGCAGUAAUCGAUCGGUUGGUUGGCAUUGCACAGCAGCGAGGCGGUUGUGCCGUUCUGUGCUGUUGCCGCCACGUCCCGCCCCACGAUCGCUAGUGGAGGGGUAGUGUCUGAGUUGUCUACGAUCGCGCCGGACACUUUCGUGAGCGCCUCAUCGCCAUAACCGAGCAAACACUUCCAGGUGCCUUUGUCCAGCCCUUCGGGGCCGAGAAUUUCCAGCCCACACUCGUUGCGCUCGAAGCCGGCCCCGAUGUAACCGUAGUGCGGCGUGCCAAUGCCCGGUACGACGUUCAGCCCGAGCCCGUCCGCCAGCCGUACGAAGCGACAGAACUUUAGCGUCAGCUUGGUGUAGCGCAGCGUGCAGGAGAGCACAUGAUAGUCGAGCUCUUUGUCGACCGCAGUGACGAUUUGUUCCCCUAAGGAAAGAAAGAGAACGCGAAGAAAUGGUGUUAACAGUGGCGCGUGGAGAUUAAUCAUUAUCGACCACCUUCGAAAUGAUGGGUGAUAAAACGCACGUGCCCCAACCACACCGGCCAUUGUUGCUCCCUAUACCUUUAUUCUCGAUCUGUAUUCCGUAGCUCAUCUCGCGCAUCUGUCCCUGCACGCCGGCAAUGACACUCCACACCCCGGCCCCGGUUGGGUCGGUUUCGCUCAGCGGCAGAUGGCACCGUUCGUACAUUGGCACCACCACACCAUCGCCACCGCCCUCCAUACUGCUCUGUCGCUGCACGAAACAGUACUCGGUACGCUGCGGACUGAUCUCAUCGAACGAGCUGACGGACGCACUGCCGCCAGCACCAAUUUCCGGCACGGCCGGACGCUCAAUCACAUCCACCAUCGUGACGCCCCGGAUGCGCUCCGUCCCGCGCACAAGCGUCAAUCGCCAAAAACCGCCAUCACGCCGAUGCACCGGAUUCACCCGUAUGCUGCACUCUGCGUCACCGAAACGGAGCAAUUUGUUGGUCCUUCUUCUGGUCGAGUCGUUGUCUCCUCCAUGCACAUCGAUGUCGGUAGGGGAGCCGGGCUCACGGUACAGGCACCGAUCACCCUCCUGCAUCGGGACGAGCAGGCGCAGAUGCAUCACUUCCCCUUCCGCCACCGUUACGGCCGGCGGAUAGAUGUAGCCAUGCUGCACCUCGAAGCUUGUGAGCAAAUUUCCUGCCCCGUCCAGUGGCCGGAACAGUUGCGCUGCGAGCCAGCAAAGGCAGACCAGAAACGCCCGGUGACACCACCAACGACGGAGGCAGGAGAAGGCCAUACGCAACUACGGAACACACACCGCGCUUGAAACUUCUUUGUGGUUGCGAGAACGGUAAGACGCCGAUUAACGACUUCAACGACAUUGUACAUCGGUGUACCAGCGUGUAGGGGGCGGACCGAUAAUACAAUGGAGAUUACAGCUUAAUAUUAAUGAUGGCGGUGGCGGUGGUGAUUAUUGUUCCGGAUACUGAUCAUCGUACGCGCAAAGGAGCAGCAGCAACAACAAAAAAAGACAUUAAUCAUUUAUAUUUAUUUUUGCUCGGUUCAAUAUAUUUGAUAUCAAAUAAAGUCAAUCGUAGUAGAGAGUGGUGGUGUGUGUACCCCUUUUUUGCGCGCAAACUUUCUGUCCACUCAUUCCCGAAACGAGGAAUUUUGCCCCCUCCUGGAAUCGCUUUGUUGCGCGAAACGCAAAACAAAGUAUGCGCACACACGCAGCACGCUGUUUGCGCAUUCCAUCCACGUGUUACUUGCGAGCGCCUGCUUUGAUUUGUGCGCGCCUUUUCUUUUUCUUAAGUGAUUUUCCUCCCGUUAAUUGUCCCUGUUUCCUCUCUCUCUCUCGCCUUUUUGGGGCUUCUCUCUCUAUCUCUUUGAUUUUUUCUUAAAUAACGCUCCGCUUGUCCAGGCUUCCCUUUCUUCAACUGCUCUUUUAAUAAUUAAAACUCUCUUCUAAUGCGCUUCUUCUCCCUUCACACACUGUUGUUGCCUCACACAGUUCACAAAAGUGAACACAUCUUUUCACCAAGGGUUUUUUUGCGAUUUAAAUAUUCGAUGUUAGUAUAUCAUUUCCUUUGUAUUGUGUGUUGUGUUGUGUGCGCUUGCGUCUGUCCUUGCGUGACUCAUCACGCUUUCACGCUUUCAGAGUUUACUUCUCCCUCAGCUGAUCCUUUUCCUCAAGUACAUGUGUGUUGUGUUCUUGUGUCUGUGUGUGUGUAUAUGUGUGUUUUUUUUCUCAUUUAACAAACAUUCAUACAUUGAUUUAUAUUUAUAUAUAUAGAAUAUAUAUGCAUAGAAACGUAUAAUAUGUAUACACUUACGCAUUUUAGCACUUUUUGUUUAGCAGCCAAUAAAAUCCCUCCUUCCCAUUUUAGUCAGUUCGUUUCUUCCUUCUCAUUUUGUUUCUCUACUGCUCUACUGUUCUAUUUUUCUCUCUCUCUCUCUCCCAUUUUGUGCGGUGGUUUUCGUUUGCUUUUUUUUUCCAGUUCGUGUGUGUUAAUGUUUUUUGCUUUUUCUUGUAUAAAUAUAUAUGCUCGUAUAAAAAUGGAUUCGCGCACCAACAACAAUUUCUGCAAAUUUACUGGAAAAAAAAGGCUAACACAAAGAUAGUUGAGGAUAUUUGUAUGAUUGUUUUUGUUUGUGCUGUUUACAUCACUUUCCUUUUCUGUAUUAAACAAAUAUACCAAAGCUACCCACACAAAAA